AUGGAUCUGGACGUCAUCGAGGGGCUGAAUGAGAUCCGUCCUUCAGUUUAUCGAGUCGCCAUGAAGCUCCUGUCUCUGCAGAGACUCUGUCACUUGCACGUCGUGUACGUGCGACACGUCAUGGCGGCGUUCAGCUCGCUGGAUGGGACGGGACAACAGGAUGUGAGGCUGAGCAGACAGGAAGUGACCCGGGCUCUCAGCAGGAUGUUUAACAGCGCGUCACAGGAAGUUUUGGGUCAUGUGAUUGAGGAGACGUGUGACGUGAUACUACGUCUGUUUGCUCAGGAUGCGUCGGCGUCCGUCAUGUCUCUCCAGGCGGCGCUCGUCGCUUUGUCGGCUGACGCUCUGCUCGCCAAGUACAGAGCUCUUGUGAGACUCUGUGAAAACCCGUCAGGAUCCAUCAGCAGAUCUGGACUCAGGUCGUUACUUCACGACCUUCGUCAGGUUCCAGCCGCUGUGCAGGAGGGGGGGGUGUUCGGCGCCGUGGAGGAGGAAGUGAGGUCGUGUUUCAACGGGGUGUUGACUCCGACAGCGAGCGCAGAACACGUGAUGUCAUGGCUGCAGAAUGAGCCACGCCUGUUGCUAUGGCUACCCACUUUAUACCGGCUGUGUGUCAGUCAGAACGUCAGUCACAUGGUCCGAUGCCACACCUGCAAGACCUUCCCCAUCACCGGACUCAGGUACCGGUGUGUGAAGUGUGUGAAUGUCCACGUGUGUCAGAGCUGCUUCCUGAGCCAGAGACAGACACGCAAACACAAACCACCACAUCCUGUCCUGGAGUUCUGCACACAGCCCACCUGGCGGGAGUCUCUGUCCUCGUUAGUGCGCAGCGCCCGGCACACUCUGUUGCCACGACGAUACACACCGAGAGAAGCUGAUAGGAGGGUCCUGAUGUGGGCGGAGCCAGGAGAGACUCAGAACAGAGCUCCACCCCCUUCUGAUGCCUCACCAUCAUUGGAUGAGACAGCUGUCCGUCACAGUUCCUGCUCGUCUAAAGCUCUGCAGACUGAUGAGACGCUGACGACUGACGUCGGAAACCUGCAGCGAGACAAGUGCUCCUCAUGUUUUGUCGUCAGGCUGCUGGAGCAGGAGAUGCAGGCGUGGAGACUCACCGUCCAAUCAGAACACAGCAUCCUGGAGGACAGGUGCUCCGAGAUGGAGGUUACCAUGGAAACACUGCAGAUUCUGCUGGCUCAGACUUUGAACAAGACGGAGGAUCAACAACACGCCAGUGACAGGCUACACGCCAAUGACACGCUACACGCCAGUGACACGCUACACGCCAGUGACACGCCACACGCCAGUGACACGCCACACGCCAGCGCUGACACAGAGAUAAACUCAGAGGAGGACAACGAUUAUGUGAUGGACGAGUCGAGUGAAGAUGAAAGUCGAACUCCAUCUCCCACAAUCCACCAGGGGGUGUCUCCAGCACAUGAAGGCCACUGUGAGGAGGGGUCUGUGGGUGACAGGCAUCACUGUCGUCCAAAUGAACGAGAGGAAGGAGACACCCGUCUGCCUGAAGAAGACAAGGAUUAUGAGACACAUCGUCCUGAAGAGCUGCUCCAACAAACUGUAGACAGACUGAAGACUGAGAUGGAGACAGACAGGUGGAGAGACAGACAGACAGGUGAUAUGAUGGGGGCGGAGCUUGUGGAGGCUGCAGAGCAGGUGGGAGGCUCAGUUCAACACCUGGUGGUUGCAGUGAGAACUACCACACUCUGA